AUGACGGCGAAGCACCUCGCGGAGGUGGUCCAAAAAGUCGCCGCCGCGUCCGCACGCGCGGGACGAUCCGCGCCCGCGCGCCUCGUCGCGGUCGGGAAGACGAAGCCGGUGGAGCAGCUCCGCGAGUGCUACGACGCGGGCCACAGAGUCUUCGGGGAGAACUACGCGCAGGAGCGUUCGAUACACUGGUCCCCAUACGAUCGCGAGCUGACGGAGAAGUCGCCCGCGAUGCCGCCGGACACGCGUUGGCACUUCAUCGGGCACCUGCAGUCGAACAAGGCGAAGACGCUCGUGAAAGCGGUUCCGGGGUUGGCGAUGAUCGAGACCGUGGACAGCGUCAAGCUCGCGAACCGGCUCGCGGACGCGUGCGUCGAGGCGGGCCGCGUCGAGCCGCUCGGCGUCAUGGUGAACACGUCCGGGGAGGCGUCCAAGCACGGCGUCGAGCCGAACGCCGCGACGGCGCUCGCGAGUCACAUCGUGAACGAGUGCGCUCCCGCGCUCGCGUUCAGAGGGCUCAUGACGAUCGGCAUGCCGGACUACACGUCGCGGCCGGAGAACUUUGAGCUGCUCGCGAAGGCGCGUUCUACGCGCGACGACGUGUGCGACGCGUUGGGUUUGGACGCGACCGAGGUGGAGCUGUCGAUGGGCAUGAGCGGGGAUUACGAGAGCGCGAUAUCGAUGGGGAGCGAUAACGUGCGCGUGGGGAGCACGAUAUUCGGCGCGCGGGAUUACGGCGAGAAGAAGUGAGAGCGAGAGGAGAGAGAGGAGAGAGGAGGAGCUGAGCGAGAGCGACAAAUAAUUUCAGCGAAAACCAAACCG